UUAGGCGCUAUUUCUAGCGGAGUUUAACGCUAUUAGUACCUAGGUAGGAUCUAGGGUGCUUCUAACUAGUGGAAAUGCACCUAAGCAGCAUUGUAACCCCGCCAAAUGAGUCAAUUGAAGUUUUAUUUUCAGGGCUCCUCCGAUCGGACGUCAGGGUGCGAUAUAACGGAUCUUUUUAAUUAAAGCAAACCUUUAUGAAACAACAUUAACUCAGCUAAUCCCUCUCAUGAUCAUUUCAUGAACCAAACAUCUUAUUUUAAGAGAAGUUGUAUGCUGAUCUAAGUGAGAAUCGGGAAUUCGGUAAACCAAUUUCCAGGAGGAUAGCAACGUGUUCGUUGCUUGUUGUCAUCUGGGUUUCAUCAUGUCGCCGUUCAAUCUUGAGACAUGUGCUAGGCCAAAUAUCUUGGCUUUAGAGCCCUACCGCUGCGCGCGAGAUGACUACAAGGACGAUGGCACAAAUAUCCUUCUUGAUGCCAACGAGAAUGCUUGUGGGCCGUCAUUGACACCUACUGCCGUGGAGGCCGCGUCAAAAGGCGCAGGCGUCGAUAUCGACUUUUUAGGUCUACACAGAUACCCGGAUCCGCACCAACGCGAUCUGAAGCAAUUGCUUUGCAACCUACGCAACACUCACCACUACACUCCUAAGGUUAUCACUCCAGACAACUUAUUCGUUGGCGUCGGUAGCGAUGAGGCUAUCGAUGCGCUACUUAGGUGCUUCUGCAUCCCCGGACGUGACCGGAUUCUCGUGUGCCCCCCAACUUACGGCAUGUACUCCGUAUCAGCACAAGUCAACGACGUCGGCUUAGUCAAGAUACCCCUGCUCGAAGCACCCAGUUUCGGGCUCGACGUACCAAAAAUUAGGGACGCGCUAUCAACAGAGAGGGACGUCAAGAUGAUCUAUCUUUGCACCCCGGGAAACCCCACAGGUUCGUUGCUGGAUAAGGAAGACGUGAGACAGAUUCUAGAGCACCCAACAUGGAAUGGUGUCGUGGUGCUCGACGAGGCGUAUAUCGACUUCGCGCCCGACGGAACGUCCCUCGCAGAAUGGGUCGCUGAGUGGCCUAAUCUGGUCGUCAUGCAGACAUUAUCGAAGGCUUUCGGUAUGGCGGGUAUUAGACUGGGUGCCGCGUUUACGUCAGCGCCGAUCGCACGACUAUUGAAUAGUUUGAAGGCGCCGUAUAACGUAUCUAGCCCAACAAGCGCACUCGCGUCGUACGUAACUUCGGGUGAUGGACUUGCGAAAAUGCGUGAGAAUCGCGAGAGGAUCGUGGCGCAGAGGGAAAGGUUAUUAACCGAGCUGCCGAAGAUAAAGGGUAUCGGUCGUCUGCGGGGUGGCACACAGAGUAACUUUUUGUUGUAUGAAAUGUUGAAUUCAAGCGGCGAACCGGAUAACACGGUGGCGUUGGCCGUGUAUGAGACCCUAGCUGAGGAUAAGGGUGUUGUCGUUAGAUUUAGAGGCAAGGAGCAUGGGUGUUUGGGUUGCCUAAGAAUUACGGUUGGUACCGAAGAUGAGGUGACAAGGUUCUUGGCCGCUAUUGAGCAGGCUCUUAUUGAGGUCAAUGGAGGAAGGGGAGGAAAGAGGGAGACUCCGGGGGAGGAAGAUAGGAAAGAAAUUGCGGCGAAUGGUGUGGUGGCUUAGAAAAAAAGCAAAAGGAAAAGAAACUUAUGGAUAGACCAAAAAUGGCUAUAGAGGUACCUACAGGACAGGGAAUCUAUUGAUAGAAUACCAUAGCGUCUUACGAACAUAAACGAUUUUUUCAC